AAAUACUUUUAUAACAAGAAAUUUACCGAUUCAGUUUUGGAUCAUCUAUGGUUGCAUGGAAUACAAUCCGAAAGCCGUAAUCCUCAUACAAGAGCACGCAUGUGGUAAGGGGAACGAAAAAUGGCGACGGCGGUAGUUAAAUGUCGCACUGCUGUGAUAGUAAGAUUUAAAAAUAUUACUGGUGUUCUGGGUUACCUGAAGUGUGAUGGCAUUGUUAAGUCUGAGCCCAUAAGAUACCAUCAUGUCGCCUCAGAUACUUGGAGAAACUGUGUUAGACGAAUGCAGUAUAGGAAAAGUUUCAUCACAUGCAGUAGAGGCAAUCAGAGAGGCUUACUAGGAAUUGCAGUUGCACGGUCAGUUAGCACAGUGGUAGCCCAUGAUGACCACGGUCACAUUUCAAAGUUUUCUGAAAGCGAUGGCUCUACUGUGAAGUCAGUAGUAAGUGAAGGCCCCAGAUCAAGUCUUGUACCAGCUGAAGGUACUACCUCAAGUUCUGUAGUAGGGGAGAUAGUUCCUCCUGCACCUUCGCUAGAACAGGUACGAGUACCGCCUGAAGUUGUAGCCAGUGAAACAGUGGCUCCACUGGGUAACAUACCAGACCCACCUACUGUACCACUGGAAGUAGAAUUAGCUGAGACUUUGCCAUUAUCAGGGGAACCGUCAUUCGCUAGUCUUGGACUGGGAGGAUGGUCUCCUGUUGGGAUUGUACAGAACUGUAUGGAGUAUCUGCACAUCGGUUGUGAUCUACCAUGGUGGAUUUCCAUUGUCAUAGGGACAGCUGUGGUAAGAAUAUUGAUAUUUCCAAUAGUUAUUAUGUCACAGAGAAAUUCAGCAAAAAUGAGUAACAAUCUCCCACAGCUGCAGGUUCUACAACUAAAAAUGACUGAAGCCAGACAAACAGGGAACCAGUUGGAAGCGGCACGUUAUGCUCAAGAGCUGUCAUCAUUUAUGAAGGAGAAAGAUCUCAAUCCAUUCAAAAAUAUAGUUGUACCUCUGGCACAGGCACCCCUGUUUAUCUCAUUCUUCAUGGGGCUGAGGGGCAUGGCAAAUGUACCAGUGGAAAGCAUGAGGACAGGAGGGCUCUUCUGGUUCUCAGACCUAACUGUGCCAGACCAAUACUACCUGAUGCCUAUCAUCACAAGUUUCACAAUGUGGAUCACGAUUGAAGUUGGAACAGAUACGGCAAAACUCUCGGCAGCAAAUUUACAAACUAUGAAAUACGUUCUGCGUGCCAUGCCAGUUUUCAUCUUGCCGUUCACGGUCGGCUUUCCCGGGGCAAUACUGAUGUACUGGGUAUCGACAAACUUCAUAUCACUUGUGCAAGUGGGCUUCCUUAGAAUCCCUGCCGUGAGAGAAUUCUUCAAGAUUGAGAAGAUGGUGACUCACACUCCUGAUUCAUUGCCUGUCAAGCCAAAAGGCUUUGUUAAAGGACUUCAAGAGUCUUGGACCAAUAUGAAAAUUACAAAGGAACUGGAAGACAGGCACAGAUAUGACGAAUUACAGUUCCAAAGAGCGGGAAGAGGCCCGAUUCAAAAGACGUACAAAUAUGACCCAACCCAACCAAGAAGCAUAAACAGCACUGGCAAAGAUGCAAUCGCUGCCAAGAAGAGUGACAGAUAGGCAUAUGUACAGUCCGUUACCAUGUGCUGUUGUAGCUGCUGGAGCAUAUGACAGUAUUAUAUAGCUUUUCUAAUAUCCUUAAACAGAAUGUAUGUCGUCCGAACAAGAAAUGAUUGUAAAUGGUGGUACUGUAUCUAAUUCUUACGUAGUUGUACAUAAACAAAUACAUAAUCUACAUAUCAGU